AUGCAGACUGCCAACCAAGAUGUCGCCGAUGAUGACGUGGCCCAAACCCCGGGGGGUCUUGAUGCGAAGACGAUAAACAAGCUCGCCGCGCUGAAACAGUCGGUGCUGGAUAUAAACUCCAAGAUCCAUCAUGUCACCACAUCCGCCCCACAGAUCGAGCGAGUCCUAGCAGAAUCUCUCCGGACACCGUUCACCGAAAAGAUAACGAAGGUCCGCCUCCGAAAGAUGGAAAAGCUUUGUCUUCCAACCUUCGACGGUGUAUCCGACCCUUCUGCUCACGUCACAUCCUUCAAUAUCGCGAUGCGACGCGCGAACCUCUCUGUCGAGGAAAAAUACGCUGGCUUUUGUCAACUUGACGGUGUAUCCUACCCUUCUGCUCACGUCAUAUCCUUCAAUAUCGCGAUGCGACGCACGAACCUCUCUGAUGAGGAAAAAGACGCCGGCUUUUGUCAACUUUUCGUCGAAACCCUAGAAGGUAUCGCUCUUAACUGGUUCACCGGUCUUCAGGAGAACUCCGUUGAUAGUUUUCACGGCCUCUCGACGGCUUUCCUCAAAAAUUACAUCAUGUUUACUAGACAAGAAGCCACCACCACGGAUCUUUGGAACCUCAACCACGCAAACGGGCAGAGCUUGGGAUAUUUUAUGGAGAAGUUCAAAUCCAUUGUCUCGAAAGUCGACGUACCAGAUCAUAUCGCCGUGGAGUCGUUGAUGAACACCCUCCACAUUAAGUCACCAUUUCGGGCUGAUCUUUACCGACACCAGACGAGAUCAGUACCGGAUGCCAUCGCUCGAUCCAAUAACUUCAUUCGAAUGGAGGAGGAUACUAGGGCCAAGGCAGCCAAAGAAGCUGCAGGAAAACAAACUCCCGCCCGGACGAACGACGCUCAUCAAGAACCGCGCCAACAAGUGGCAAGCCUAACCAGAAGAAGGGCUACAUGA